AUUCGUUUCCCUCUUUUCCAGUUUCUGUGUCUGAAGAACAUACGAACAUUCCUGAAAGUGUGCCAUGAUAAGUUUGGCUUACGGAACAGCGAGCUGUUUGAUCCCUUCGAUCUCUUUGACGUGAGGGACUUUGGGAAGGUGAUCUCUGCGCUGUCCAGAAUCUCCCACAACAGCAUCGCACAGAUCAAAGGCAUCAGGCCUUUUCCAUCAGAGGACACUGCACUGAAUGAAGAUGAUGUGUACCGGAGCUUGGAGGAGCUGGCAGAUGAGCAUGAUGUGGGAGAGGACGACAUCUAUGACUGCGUCCCCUGCGAGGAUGAUGGGGACGACAUCUACGAGGACAUCAUCAAGGUGGAGGUUAGACAGCCUAUGAUCAGAUACAUGCAGAAAAUGGGCAUGACUGAAGAUGAUAAGAGGAACUGCUGCUUGGUGGAAAUUCAGGAGACUGAGGCAAAAUACUACAAGACACUGGAGGACAUUGAGAAGAAUUACAUGAUCCCCUUGAAGCAAGUGUUAACACCACAGGAGAUGGAGGCUAUAUUUGUAAAUUUAGAGGACAUUAUCAGAGUCCAUUUUGCUCUGCUGAGGGCUAUUGACCUGACCAUGGUGAGUGGGGGCAAUGGCCUGGGGAAGAUCUUUCUGGAUUUCAAGGAGAGACUGCUGAUUUACGGCCAAUACUGCAGCCAUAUGGAGAACGCUCAGAAGACACUGGAUGAGCUGAUUGCCACACGAGAAGAUGUCAAAUGUAAAGUGGAGGAGUGUACCAUGAAGGUUCAAGAGGGGAAGUUCAAGCUGCAGGAUCUCCUGGUGGUCCCCAUGCAGAGGGUCCUUAAAUACCACCUUCUGCUAAAGGAGUUAGUGAGUCACUCUAUGGACCGACCAGAGAGGCAGCAGCUUAAAGAAGCACUAGAAGCCAUGCAGGACCUGGCCAUGUAUAUCAAUGAGGUGAAGAGAGACAAUGAAACCCUGAAGAAAAUAAGUGAAUUUCAGAGCUCUAUAGAAAAUCUACAGGUUAAGCUAGAGGAGUACGGUAGGCCAAAGAUAGACGGAGAGCUCAAAGUGUGCUCUAUAGUAAACCGGACCAAACAAGACAGAUAUAUCUUCCUGUUUGAUAAAGUUGUGAUUGUUUGCAAGAGGAAAGGUUAUAACUAUGAGUUAAAAGAGGUUAUCGAACUUCACCUCUACAAGAUGUCUGAUGACCCCAUGAAUAACCGUGACAUGAAAAAGUCGAGUGGAAAAAUGUGGUCGUACGGCUUUUACCUGAUCCAUCUGCAGGGGAAACAGGGAUUCCAGUUCUUCUGCAAGACAGAAGACACCAAACGCAAAUGGAUGGAGCAGUUUGAGAUGGCCAUGUCAAACAUUAAACCCGAACGAGCCACUGCCAACCAGCACAACUUCCAAAUGCACACGUUUGAGAAGAACACCAACUGCAGAGCCUGUAAAAUGCUGCUGAGGGGUAUUUUCUACCAGGGAUACUACUGUUCUCUCUGUGGGACAGGCGCACAUAAGGAGUGUCUGGAGAUCAUUACCAUCUGCAAAAUAAGUCCCCAUGAUUCGGAGCCGGGGCUUCCUCAAUCAGGUCCAAAAAUGGUGGCCAUCCGAAAUUACCAUGGUACUCCGGCCCCGCCUGGCAAGAUACCACUCUGCUUCCAGACAGGAGAAGUCAUUGAACUGUUGAAGGGAGAUCCAGACACAUCAUGGUGGGAGGGUAAGCUCAUUCAAACCCAAAAGACUGGCUACUUUCCCAGUUCCAGUGUGAAACCAUGUCUAGACCCUAAGCCUUUCCAGGCAUUUUCCAACCGUCAGUCCUCCAGGGAGACGGAUUACUACGUUUAUCCAUGGUUUGCAGGAAACAUGGAGCGGCAGCAGGCCGACAACCUGCUCAAGUCUCACAGCAGCGGCACCUAUCUUAUCCGAGAGAGAACGGCAGAGGCGGAGAGAUUUGCAAUCAGCAUUAAGUUUAAUGAUGAAGUGAAGCACAUUAAAGUUAUUGAGAAAGACAACUGGAUUCACAUCACAGAGGCCAAGAAGUUUGAAAGCCUCUUGGAGCUUGUGGAGUAUUAUCAGAGUCAUUCACUGAAGGAGAGUUUUAAGCUGUUGGACACAACAUUACGGUACCCUUACAAAUCCCGGGAACGCUCAAGCUCUCGCACCAAUACCCGCUCACCAGCAGCCACCUGUGCUUCCUACAACUUCUCCUUCCUUAGUCCUCAGGGCCUCAAUUUCUCCUCUCAAAGCUCUGCUCCCUUCUGGUCAGUAUUCACACCCAGGGUAGUCAGCACAGCUGUGGCGCGAUACAACUUUGCUGCCCGAGACAUGCGAGAGCUGUCACUGCGAGAAGGAGACAUCGUCAAGAUCUACAGCAAGAUUGGGGGAGACCAAGGCUGGUGGAAAGGAGAAGCCAACGGCAGGAUUGGAUGGUUUCCCUCCACGUAUGUUGAUGAGGAGGGUGUGCAGUGACACUCUGGGCUCACAGAUCAUCCAAUCAGAUUGCGUUCUGAUCCGCAGCCGUCUGAGAGGACUCUUUGCUUCCCAUGGCAUCACCUCAUGGAAGACUUUUCGCUGGAAUCAUAUUUUACAAUGAUUUUUUUUGUACCUCUGUCUCAUUUCGUCAUGUACGGAUAUGCCCCCCCACUCCCUUUCUCGGAAUGUCUGUGUGAUCUCUGUGAAGAAACCUGCUCAGAGUCUGUUCGUUCUCAGCAUCGUCCGAGGAAUCUGUGAACCAAGCAGAACUUUGCCUUGAAGUAGCCAAAGGACAAGCAUGGCUUUAAGUUUGUACAGUAGUACCUGUGAUGUGCGCUGCUGGCCACAGUGGUAUAAUCGGGGUGGGAUGAAUAAAUAUAUAUAUAAAAAUAUAAAUAUAAUUUAUUAAAGAGAUAUAUCUAUGAUUAUAAUGCAGCGUUGGACAUUGGUCCAGUGGCAGCUGUGCAAAGAAUAUAUGAGAGCAGAAAAGAUGCACUUUGCAUUUCUUUACAGAGAGAUUUUGCCUUAGUAAAUGGUAAUGCCUUUAGAGAUGGAGGUAAAAAGAGAUGGAUUUAGACUCAUCUUGCACAUAUACACUCGUACAUCCGCCCUGUCCAGAAACACGGUGCCUUUUUUUACAUGUUUCUCACUCCCAACAGCGUCUGCUUUAUGAGGCUGCAGCAUUAGCAUCUCUGUUCUGUGGCUGUACACUUUCAAUCAACUCAUUCAAGCAGAAGACCACACAACAUCAGAGUGAACAUUUCUUUGACUGAAAUGAGCAGUGACCAGAUCUGCUCCUCAUCUCACUGGAACAAAAGGAGCAGCUGACCGAGAGUGUUAUGUCUUGGACAAUGAAGGAUACAUCCACCAUUAUGUCUUCCUCUUAAUCUGAGAGGACGCUAACGUGCAAUGGAGUAUCAGGAAUAGUCUCCUUGAAUGCUGUGAUUAGCUUUUCUAUCCACGUCCUCAGUGGUCCCAAUUUGGACUGAAAGGGAAAGUGAAAUGCUGCACUGAUCUUCAUGAAUACCCAGAGGUUUUUGUGACUUUUUUGUCGUCUUUUACAAGCACAUACAUAUUGCCAUUGCGUGUUUCUCAUCUGCAGCCUGCCACAUUACAGUAUCUUGCCUUACUGGUGGACACUUGGUGCUACAGUGCUACAUAUUGCAGACAUUGAGUUGUUUUGCUGUCGUUCUGGAUGAGGAAACCCACUGCUGAAGAACCUCAGCCAUCAAGUGCACUUUAUCUGUCCAGAGACCUUUUAACAUGGGACACCACACUGCAGACCUGGACAUUAAAUUUUCAUAUUAUUUAAUAAUAAGAAGAACCGUCCUUGUUUUUACCUCUGGAAGAAGUAUAAAAUCCUUCACACUAUGAGCAACGGUCCUUCAGUCCCAUAUUGAACAUUACCUGUAAACUUCAUAAGUGCAUGGAUGUGUGUCCCUCAUACAGUCCUCUGAGAAAAACCUUUAGCUGUUGCCAUCAGAAAUUGAACCCAUAAAUUGAACGUGGGAGAGUGCUGGACUCUAAUAAAGCAUGGGAUGUGGUUUUAGCUUGAGUACAGCUGUCUGCUGUGAUGGAGGAGUGCGGCUCAGGUCAAGGUGCUGCUGGUUUAGGGGCUUAAGUACCUGUUUGUGUAGUGGACAAAACCCAUUGCAUGUGGUCAUAGAUAUUACAACUGCUGUCUGUGGAUCCUGAAAAAAGGAAAAAAGAGAAAAAAAACAGGAAGCUGUGUACAUUUUUGAGCGGUCAGUUAUUUGGAAACUGAGGUCUAUCAUCAAAUAAAUAUUUCUCUUUUGCCUA